AGGAGCGGCGGUGUUCCGGGCCGCCCGCGGGCUGGGCCGGCUCGGCGGGGCUGGGCUCUUCGGGACCGGCUAGGCGGCGGUGGGCCCGUUCGUCUGAAGCAGAGAGAAGGCCGGAGGCGAGGUCCCCCGGGGCGGGGGGAAGGGGCAGCUCUCCCCGCAGGAUGGACUUCCGAACCCCCGACCUGCUGGACGUGUGGCUGGAGCCCCCAGAAGAGGUCUCAGCAGGAGCCUUCCUGGAGCUGGGACUCCCCUGCCCCGCCCCAGAGGUCUCAGGGCCUCAGCUCCGAGAGCCUGGAGGCUGGGAGCCCAGCGGGGGACGGGGCUGUGGCCUUCAGGAGAGUGAGCCCGAAGACUUCCUGCAGCUGUUCAUUGAUCCCAAUGAAGUGUACUGCUCAGAGGCAUCUCGUGGCAGUGACAGUGCCAUCUCCAAGGACCCUGGCCCCGCACACAGUUCCCCAGCUCUCUGUGAGGUUGUCUAUGAGGCAGGGGGCCUGGAGAGGCGGCAAAGGGAAGCUGGGCCGGCUGUAGGGCUCAUCUCUCUCCAGCUAGGUCCACGGAGCCCACCAUGUACGGUGCCUGCUGCCUGCUCUGUCGGGGAGCUGCCCCUCGCUGCUCAUGCUCACACGCUACCCAGAGUGGGCGCUGUAAACCCAGCGCCUCCCACGACCCUGCUGCCCUGUCAAACGUUGUUCCUGACAGAGGAGGAGAAGCGUCUGCUGGGACAGGAAGGGGUUUCCCUGCCCUCUCACCUGCCCCUCACUAAGGCAGAGGAGAGGGCCCUCAAGAAGGUCAGGAGGAAGAUCCGUAACAAGCAGUCGGCGCAGGACAGUCGGCGACGGAAGAAAGAGUACAUCGACGGGCUAGAGAGCAGAGCAGCUGCCUGUUCUGCACAGAACCAGGAACUACAGAAGAAAGUCCGGGAGCUGGAGAGGCACAAUAUCGCUCUGGAAGCUCAGCUCCACCAGCUGCGGACGCUCACUGCCCAGACCUCCACCAAAGCUGCCCAGACCGGCACUUGUGUUCUGAUCCUCCUUUUUUCUCUGGCCCUCAUCAUCCUGCCCAGUGUCAGCCCCUUGCAGGGUCUCCAGGAAGCUGGCACCAAUGAUCACCAGCCACAGGGAGUGAUUUCCAGAAAUAUCCUGACUCACAAGGACGUGACAGAAAACUUGGAGACCACAGCGGUAGAGCCCGGAUUGGAGGGGCCACCUAGGGCCACGGGUGUCAUUGGCUCAACAAGGAACCUGCUGGAGAAGAGGGGAGGGAAGACAGGCCCCAGUGGGCAUGUCAGAACUGUCCUGCAUGCAGAUGAGAUGUGAGCUGGAACAUUUCCCAGGCCACUUCCAACCACAGUAAGGAAUCCAGGAUCCCCGAUGGCUCUUUCCCCUGGGAUUCCUAUUCGGAGUUCUUUGGCCUCGGGGUCUGAAUCAUUUCAGGACACUCUAAGUAUCUGUACCCUGAGGCCCAGGCUAUGUGAUGAGGCAUUUCAGAUACUUUUGUUAUACAUCUGCAAUUUUAUUUUUUGGGGGGGUUAGGGUUGGGGGCAAACAGAGGUUUUGGCUGAGAAAUAAACUUUUUUGCUGAAA